UAUGGACUGGCGACCCCCUAACCCUGCGUCUUGCCUCGACAGAGCGCAUUAUGAAGCGCUCGACUCUCGUGGGACAUGGGCGCGUUGAGUUGUCAAUGCGAAGCGACCGUCUCGUGAUGGCCUGCGACAUUGAGACUUAGGGCCUGGCCCGGUCCAGGUAAAUACUAAUACUAGCACUAGUAAAUACUGAAGGCAGUGAAGGCUCCUGGGAACGACGUACACUGGCACAAUCACACUCACUCGCGACCCAAACUCGCACUCCUGUUAGCGCACAUACAUAAUACACACACGCCUAGACACGAGCAAGCGAGCAAACAGUACGGGGUGUCCUGCGCACUGCGUAGCCCUCUCUCUUUCAGCCUGAGCUUCAGACAACCAACACAAUGAAACACUGAGGUGUACACGAUGCGCUUGCACCUACACCCAAAACCUUCCCAUGAUUACAAAGAGACCAACAGCCGAUAGAUGCAUGCUUGAAAGCAUAUCAAAAUCUAAAGGUAAGGUUGGUCAAGGGGAAGUAAUUCCAGACUACAGCAUUCUCAUCUUUCCUGGUAGACCAGAGAAAAGGAAUUGUGGCAUUGAAACGUUUCUGGAAUCCUGUGACAGAAGUGGUGAUAGAUCAAGAAAAUAAAGUGUUUUAUACGUCGAAUAGUCGCAGCGGUAGUAUCAUCACUCCAUAGUGUGUCGUUGAAGCAGAACAGUGUCGAGCAACGUUCUGCUUGAUCGGGCACAGGUGGCGACGUGGACGAACUGUUGAUAAGCGCGUCACUCAGGUCUGAGAAAGCCGGUCUUCAGUGCAGCAAGACCAACAACACUGAUCUACCAAAGACCAGAGUGACACCUAGUACACACAGACGGCCUACAAGUAUGCGACACCCGCAUGAAUGUGAAGGCACAACGGUGGAGAGAUGACCAGGUUCGCAGAAGCCACGAGCAGGAGGAGGACAACGGCGAUACUAGCGCCUUCAGACAAUCAGCUGUCUGCUCACAACGACAUGACAUGAAAACCGAGCAAAGCAGAAAGGAUCGAGAUGCUGCGGCCGGUCCUGUCGCUGCUGCUGCUGCUGCGUUGGCGAGCAAAUCCGGUGAGAACAGCGGUGACUUAAAGGCACAGGCAGCGGUGGCGGAGGACAGCGACUCGGAUGAGACUAUCAAUAGCCUGGAGUUUCGUUACGGCGUCGUGGACUGCGGCGAAGUCCCCGUGUUCCCCGACGAAUGGUCGACAAUACCGUACCGGUCCUGGAUGGAUAACAGCGAAUUUUCGCCACUGCCAAGCGAGUCACAGGUGCGAAGUCCUCCCAUACUAGGUGCGUGCGAUUCACACGGUGCUGCUGCAGAAGAUGAUGGGGCCACAUGUGGACAUUCGACGGGAAGUGGCAUUACGGCAGAUAAGUGUGAAACCUGUCUCGGCAUCCAUACUAGUGAGGACGACGGUGGGAGUGUGCAGAGAAUGGAUGUCCCUAUGCCACUAACAAAACCACUCGAGACGUGCACCCUCCGAGCAGCUCAACGUCAAGCUGAAAGCAAAGAUCAGGGUAGGCCCGGCGAGUCGCUGUCAACGUCAGGCACCCCGGUUCGCUCAGUCAAGCUUGAAACCCUCUGUGAUGACCAACAGAAUCUGCCCAUACUUCUCGGGGACAUGACCCAUCCGCCUGUCCAAGGCACAGCAUCAGCGUUCUCACUCGGAUCUUCUGCACUACUAGCGCAACAGCCCACCUGCCACGCUUGCCAACAGCGGAUCAUGGACCCGGACAUGCUGACGGACAGCGAAGGUACCUACUGGCACAACAAGUGCCUGAAAUGCUGCCGAUGCGGAGCCGCCUUCACGGAUAACGCAAAGGUCUACACAGCAGAAGGAAGGAUUUAUUGCGAAUAUGACUAUUACACAAACCGACCCAUUGCCAAUCACACACGCUGCUACAAGUGCUACGGCGUACUACUGCACGGCGAGCCCGUCCAGGAGGCAGAGUACGACCGUCAGUGGGUGUUCAUGCACGAGCGGUGCUUCGUGUGCGACGUGUGCGCCAGGCCACUCCGCUCCGGCACCAACUACAUUUUCUACCAGCGGUGGAUGGUGUGCGACAAUCACUUCAACUCGCACGACCAUUCCUACUUCAUGCACGAGCAUGUGCGCACCAUGCUGGACCACUGCGUGGCUACGGGCACGCAGCCUCACCAGCUCUCGCCACCGUACAACCAGGGACCGUACGACCCAGCGGCGACGGCGGCGGCCGUGGACCCGAGCGCUGGCAGCAUAGAGCACUACAGGCGCGUCCCGUCGACGACGUCCGACGUGUUUGAGCAGAUGCCUGAGCUGGCGUCGACGGGAUAUGCAGCGCCUGUACAUGCGACGCCUACGCACAUGCCACACCUGCAAGCCUCACCUACUUCCGACAUGUACAGAUACCACCCAUACACACCCGACGUACCGCCAUACUGGGUCCAGCAAGGCAUGCAUCCAGGUUCAAUGAUGGGCAUAGGCGGUCGACCGGUUACAACGAAGGCCAGAAGAAGUCGGACCAGCUUCACAGACGAACAGCAUCGCAUACUGACGGAACGGUUCGAAGAGGAUCAAACGCCGGACAGCAGCGACCUGGAACGGAUAGGACGCGAAUGCGAGCUACCGAAGCGUACAGUACAGAUAUGGUUCCAAAACGCACGUGCACGCAGCAAAAAGACGCCGCAGACUAGCAGUAUAAAAAAGACGACGUCCGAAACGGAUAAGUCAGCAAAAUCGAGCACAGUAUUCUCUGCCUCACCGGAAACCACACCGAGCACGAUAUCGACAACAGAGAGCAUCCCGUCGGAACAUGGCACCCACACGUCUGAAGUACAGCACACCAGGUCCCACACCGGACGACCUGCCGGUGAGGGUGCUGCUACGAAGGGGAGUCGCACACCCCUGUCGAGUGUGGCUCGGUUAGAAUCGGACACGACGCCGAUGUCAGCCGAGCGCAGCCCUCUCGGAGCUAGCCAUGCCACUGCCUCGCAAGCUGCAGACUGGAAGCCGGUCAGUCAUGCAGGAACAGGGUUCGAACAGAUUGACUAUUUCAACAGUCCGCCGUUCCUUGCACAGGACUUUGGGCUGCUGGACGAAUCCUCGGAAAGUCGGACCCCAUAACUUGACCAAAUUAUUCUCAUUUCAAUCAACUCACGAAUUCCCUUUAACCCUAUUCUAAAAUUACUAGAGAGACCACCACAAAUGUGCUCUUCUUAUUUCCUUUAGCCUUACUGAAAUACAGCCAAAGACUGAAUUUAUGCAGCUCUAAUUUUGAUGCUCAAAUUUUUCAAUAUUUCCCUACACGAACAUUGCAUCGGAUUUGCCCUUUCCCCCCAGUUUAUCCUUGAAUUAAUCCCUCUAGUCAAAUCCGUAUCCAUAGGUUUCGAAUUAAUUUUUCUUGAUAUUCCAUCGCAUUAUCUCUUGCAGCUGCCUAACUUGCAUACAUAUCUUUGGCGGGGCAGUUGUUUGUCGUUUAGGGAUUUCCCCCUGAACUACACCAACAUA